GCCAAGCCCCAACCAAGCUAACUUCAAUGGAAGAUUCAAGUACAAAUGAUGUGUACUUGGGGCUAUAUGAAGUUCCAACACCUAUAUGGAUGGAGGAACAUCCUUUAUGCAACGUUGAAGAUUGGAAGGCAUUCCAAAGGGAAAGGCCAGAUGGGCGGCAUGACUGGUUCUACUCUCAUCGGGAAUACACAAGGAUGUUCCGCUCGAAACCUAAAGUUGAAGCAUUUCUAGAGGCAUUGUCAGAAGGAGCAGACAUGUUCGAAGGAAGAAAAUUGCAUAAGAGAACAAUGGACUUUGAUGAUGCUGAAAGUGGUGGUAUGGAUUCGAACAAUGCAUUUUCAAUAUUACGUCACAUUGCCAAAAAAAUAUUUUUACAUCGUAGACUUGAAACACAUACCUUCAUUCCUUUUAUGGAGCACUACCAGGAGGACGAGGGGAAGAGGAAUGGGGAGGGGGAGGGGAGGAGGAUGGGGACAGGGAAGAGGAUGGUGGUCUGCACCGGUUGCAUAUCGUCCGAUGCUCCGUGA